AAUCAUAAUUACUGACCGGAAGAGAUCUUCAAGCGGGAAAUUUCUGGACAAUGAAUAGAAAAGGAGAAUGGCACACAGAGAGUCAGAAAAUCGGGGGCUUUUGGAGCUCUCUGUAAAAAAGAAAAAGAAAAGAAAGCCAGCAUUUAAGUGAAUCCAGUCCAAGGAGUAUUCAAUGCUAUUGAAAUCGAUGUGAAGCAAGGUAAUUACUUCAUUCUCCAUUAGCUUUGUGGGUUGGUCAUGGCUUCCAAUCCAAGAGUUUUCAAGGCCUUGGAAGCUAUGAGAGCCCUAGGAAUUUCUGAUGAAGAGGUCAAACCAGUGCUGAGGCGACUAUUGAAACUCUAUGAUAAAAAUUGGGAACUAAUUGAAGAAGACAAUUAUCGGACACUUGUAGAUGCAUAUUUUGAGCUAAAGGAAAAUAGUAAACAUGAUGAUGGGAUUGAAAGAUCAACAAAAAUACCGUAUUUGGAAGAAAAGAAUGAUGAAAAGAAGGCUCUCAAGAUUUCAGGACAGGGAAUCGUCAUGGAGCAAUCUGAACCAUGUUUAAGCGAGGGCAGAAUUAUAGGUAGUUCUGAACGACCCCGCACUCAUUUCAUGGACAAAGGAAAGGACCCUAUUUCAUCUCAUGUGGUCGAUAGAAAAUCAGUAUCUGAGAGAUCUUUGUCUGCUCAUGUCCGGAGAAAACAUAUGCCAAGCAGUCAAUGUAAUGUCCAAAGGGAAAAUAUGAAAAGUAAUCAUCACAAGAAGAUGUUGAUUCAAAAACCUAUCGUCGGUCCCCCUCCAGUGCCAACGAGGUCCUCAAACGAUUCAACUCCACAUCAUUCUGUCAUGGAUCUAGCAUCUCACAGUCUGCAUUCGUGUGACAAAGAUGACAAUUCCCCAUGCAAUGACAGUACAAGUACUGGGAAUAAUUUUGAUAUUGCUUCUUCAUGCUCAGGAGAAGUGAAGAUUUUAUUAAACUGUGACUCCGCUCUUGGGCAACUGAAUUUUCAUACACCAAAUUUUGAUGCAGUUCUGAGAUUUGUGGAGGAUAAAUAUUUCAGAUCAUAUAAAAUUAAAGGGCCUCAAUUUUCUGUGAGGAAGCUGUUGAAAGAUUUGUGUGAAAGUUAUUUGAAGCUGGGCACUGAUUCCCCUGAUAGAUCUGUUGUUGCUAACCCUUCCAAUUGUGGUAUAAAUAUCAGUGAUACGAUGCAUGUUUCAGGAUCAAAGAAGAGAGCUAUUGAGAUACAGAAUUUUGAGGCAUAUUCAAACCAAAAGAGUUCGGACUGUUCUGGGCAUACAAAUUCAUAUAAUUCUUUUCCUGAUGAAAUGAAUCACUUCCAUGGUUUUCCUGAUAUAACAAAAGGUGCAGAAAAAGUAGAAAUAUCCCUGGUACAUGAAUUUUGCAAGGAGUCUCUCCCAAAAUUCAAUUACAUACCACACAAUAUAAUUUAUCAGAAUGGUAAUGUAAAUAUUUCUCUAGCACGAAUUUCAGACGAGGAUUGCUGUUCAGGUUGUUCUGGAGACUGUCUUUCAUCAUCAAUUCCAUGUGCAUGUGCACGUGAAACUGGUGGAGAGUUUGCCUACACAACUCAAGGCCGGCUGAAAGGAGAUUUUUUAAGUGCUUGUAUGUCUUUGAAGCGUGAACCUCAGGAGCACCAUUUUGUUUAUUGUCAAGACUGUCCAUUAGAGAGGACUCAGAAUGAGUACAUGCCUGAACGAUGUAAGGGUCAUUUAGUCAAGAAGUUUAUUAAAGAAUGCUGGAGAAAAUGUGGGUGUGACAUGCGGUGUGGAAAUCGAAUAGUGCAGCGAGGUAUAACAUGCAAGUUGCAGGUUUUCUUGACUCCUGAAGGAAAAGGAUGGGGAGUUAGAACACUUGAGGACUUGCCUAAGGGAACUUUUGUUUGUGAGUAUGUUGGAGAAGUACUGACCAACAUGGAGCUAUACGAGCGGAUUCUACAAAGCAGUGGCAAUGAGAGACAUACAUAUCCAGUAACACUUGAUGCAGAUUGGGGUUCAGAAGGUAUUUUAAGGGAUGAGGAGGCACUUUGUCUCGAUGCAACUUGCCAUGGAAAUGUUGCAAGGUUCAUCAACCAUCGAUGCUUUGAUGCGAACUUGGUUGAUAUUCCAGUAGAAGUGGAGACUCCAGAUCAUCAUUAUUAUCAUAUUGCCUUUUUCACUACCAGCAAAGUGACUGCUUUUCAAGAGCUGACAUGGGAAUAGCAUCCCGACUAAUCCCUGGAGUGCACAGGCCUUCAGCAAGAAGUUUCCCACAAGUAGAUCUCGGGUAAUUCAAGGGAAAAAUCCGCCAGUCCAAUGGCCCCUCGAGAUUAUUUGCACUCAUGAGGAUUUGAAAGUUUCUAUGUAUUUUCCUCUUUGAAAAAAUAAUAACAAGUGUAAGUCGAUUACUCAAUAAAUAGAUAUCACAUUGUAAAAUUUUAUUAAGUUGGGUUUCUUUAAAAACACAUUCCGCAUUCCAUGCAUAUUAAACCUAGUAGCUCACACAAAUUAACUCUCGUGUGCCUAGGUUGCAUGUUGGUACACUAGCUAUGGCCAAGAAGAGUAAUUGCAUAUUUGGGUGGUCCAUACAUUCUCAACAUCCUUCAAUGUGGCUAGGGGUGUAACUGGUCUGAUUUGGUCCAGUUUUGGACAUAUUUUAGAACCAAACCGGUAUAUAAUAGUUUUGAGAUUUGAAGAACUGAUACCAUACCGGUUACACCCCUAGUGGCUAGAGUUGGUAAAAGAAUGAGUAAAGCACGACUAAGUGCAAAGUUCUAAGGCCAAAGCAAAGAGAAGCGCACUUACAAAAGUGCAGCUUUUCUAGUGGUUUGAAUAAAUAUGUUAUGUAUGUAUGCAUAUAUAUAUUUAUAUGUAUGUGUGUGUGUGUGUGUGUGUGUGUGUGCGCAUGCACAUGCGCGCGCGUGUAUAUAUGUAUGUAUAAUGAGUUUUAGCUAUUAUUGUUUGUCUGAUCUAUUAAUUUAGAUGAAUUAGGUGAGGAAGUCUAUGCUUGCUACAAAUCUUUUGAUGACAAUGAUAAUUGUCCUAUGCUUGAUGCUGAGAUGAUUAUGCAUAUGCUUAAGUUACCACAGAAGUCAAUUCCUACAAUUCAUGUGCAUUUUUGGUCGUUGCCUAUUUUGUAUGGUUUGAUUAAACCAUAUACUUUGUUUGGAUUAUGACUGUCAAAUAUCUUGAUGGUGUAUAUUUUGUAAUGAACAAGAUAAAUAUAUGAAAUAUUAUCUUUUAAUUUUAUGUAAUUAGUUGUUCACUUUAUUGUCAUGUUGCAUAAUACUACAAAUUGAGUGAACAGGCUAAACUGCCUGUUUGGGAUUACUUUAGAUAAUAGAGCUUUUAAUUGUAGAUUUUGUUAAAAGGUGUUACUGGUUAAAAGGUUUACUGUUUGGUAAACAUACGCUUAAAGUGCUUUUAAAGUUGUUACGGUGGUUUUCAAUGCUAUUUGCAGUUU